GAGACAUGUCGCUCCUCUUCGAUCCGGGGUUUGUUAUCCUUCGGGAGGACCAAAGUGUGAAACUCUUCAACAUAAUUCUCGUUAUGUCUCAAGUAUUCGGAGGGCUCGCCGUUCUUCUGGUUACCAUUUGGAUGAGCAAGUUUGAAAGUGGAUUCGCAUGGAAUGAGGAUCCUGAUAAGGAAUUCAACUAUCAUCCGACUUUUAUGAUUAUGGGAAUGGUUUUCCUUUUUGGAGAGGCUCUUCUCGUUUAUCGUGUAUUCCGUAAUGAAAGAAAGAAAUUCAGUAAAACUCUUCAUGUUAUUCUUCAUUCGUGUGUUCUUGUCUUCAUGCUUAUGGCACUUAAAGCAGUUUUUGACUACCAUAACCUUCACAAGGAUCCAUCUGGAAAUCCAGCACCAAUUGUCAAUUUGGUUUCUUUACAUUCAUGGAUUGGCCUAUCCGUUGUCAUUCUCUACUUUGCACAAUACAUCGUCGGAUUCAUCACCUACUUCUUCCCGGGAAUGCCAAUUCCGAUUCGUCAACUCGUUAUGCCAUUCCAUCAAAUGUUCGGUGUGCUCAUCUUCAUUUUUGUCUCGAUUACUGUAGCCAUGGGAAUUUCGGAAAGAGCAGCAUGGAAGCAUACUUGCUGGACUAAAGAAGGUCAAAUGUGUGCUCAACAAGCAACAUCUUCAUUCGUCGGAGUCUUCACUUUCCUAUACACUGUCUGUGUUCUCCUUCUUGUAUUGAAUCCACGUUGGAAGCGUCAAUCACUUCCUGAAGAAGAAGGACUUCAUCAUUUGACUUCCAGUCAUUCCAUGUCUGAUUAAUUGUCUUCUGGGUGUCGAAAAAUCUAAAAUUUUCAUUUUUUCGAAUAAUUUUUUAAUGUCUGUUUAGUUUUUUGAACAUUUUGUUUUCGGAAAAUCGAAAAUUUUUCGACGACACCCUUGCUCCCAGUGACCAGGAAUGGGUGGCGAUUCUACAAAAUUACCUAUUGCACCAUGUUGUUCCAACAUUUUCAUCAAAAAUUUGUGUCGCACUAUAGAGAAUCACAUGAUUUAUCUGGAAUUUACAAUAAUUUCAUCUAAAAACUGAUAAAAAAUGGCCUAAAAGUUGCCAAUUGCCGGAAAACAAAACUCGUUAAUUCGGUAAUCCGCAAUCGAGAAUUUUCAGGCCCUUUUUGGUAACUUUUUAGCAGAAAUUAUUGUUUUUUUUAGAUAAUGUUGGAAAAACAUGGCGCAAUAAGUAAUUUUUGUAGAAUUGUCGCCUAUCCUUGCCCCGUUGUCCCAUAUCCCCCGUAUUUAUUUAUUUCUACAAUUUUACGAUCUCAUCUCUCCAUGUUCACUAAUUGCCUAAUCAAAUUUCUAUCUGAAUGCAUCGAGCCUAUAUAAAUUCAGAAAUAAAUAUUUAUGCACCUGUU